GCCGCGGUUAGUUCUCAGGGCAAGAAAUGGGGAGUCAUCACUAAUGAACUAUACGGGAUAUUAUCAGCGCUUAUGUAUAUAUUUUUAAUUAAAAUAUUUGUUUGAUUAUCUCGGUCAGAAGACUAACUGCUUGUUCUGAAACCGUCAACAGCAGGCUGCUGUAAAUAAGACUUCAGAAAGAAACAAAUGGAAAAGCACCACCAUGGAAGACUCAACAAAAAAGGAAGAACAUUUGGAAGAUGAAACUGCAUUGCCAACAAAAAAGGAUGACACUAUGGAGCAGAGUGAUGACCAAGCACAAGUUCUUGAAACAUAUUCAACAAGAUACAUUCAAACUGUGGAUGAUAUUGUGACACAAGAACAUUUAACUGAAAAUAACCAAAAUGGGAAUCCAAAACUAAAGAACUUUUCAAGUAAUGCACCUUCUAAACCAAGAACAAGGAAAAAUGCCAAAGCUAUUUUCAUUUCUUCUGCCUCAAAUUCUGCAUUCCUUGAAAGAAAAUUCAUUAGUGAGACUGUUCGGCAAUUGAAAGAGAAUAAUCUAGCUGAAGAUAUUUGGUAUGACAAAGAUGAAGUUGAUAUAUCAUCACCAUUAGGCCAUUCAGAGAGACUGGAUGCUGUGGAAAAAUGCAAGGCAGCUGUAGUCUUCCUUUCUCACAGUUAUUUUAAAUGUCCAUUUGCAGUUCUGGAAAGUAAAAUUUUAUUUGAAAGGUCAAAGAGUUCAAAAAGGCCAGCUAAAGUUUUUCCUGUUCUAUAUAGUCCUGUUGAAAUUCCAAAAGGUCUUACUGCAUUAUUUCAUGGAAUUAUUGAUCUAACUGGAUCUCAGGUAGCUAAAACAAGUCUGGCUGAAAAAAGCUCAAUAGUAAUAGGAAACCUAAGUAAUGAGAUUGACAAGUAUUCAUUGAUUAGGGCUCCCUUUUGUCCUCGAACGUCACCAAUGACAGAACUGACAGGAGAAUUCAGAACCAAAAGAUUGCAUAGCUGGAAAACAGAAGAUGUCCAGGACUGGCUUAUUCAUUUGGGCAUAAGUGAGUUUUAUAGACUGUCAUUCGCAGAAUUUGCAGUUGAUGGCUACCUCCUGCUAUCAGUCACAGAUGAAGCUCUUUCUCAGUACUUAGGUAAUAUUUGACUUGCGUAUUGUUUG